GUCAGUUGUUGAUGUGUGCAAGGGUCCCUGGUUCGAGCCCAGGUUGGGGCGAAGAGAGGGACGGAACGGAACCUACACUGUUAUAACAGCAAUAUCAAAGAUUUGUUUUUAUAACUAACCCAAUACAGACCACAGCCUGUCGUUUCCAAUGGGAGCAAAUUAAUCAUAGUGGGCAGAACAAGCAUGGAGGAGAGCAGAGCCAUUCGCGAGAUCCUGUUGGCGUUUUAUAAGGGAGCCAUCAGUAAAUUUAUUGGACUCUUUCUUGGACCACUGGAAAGGGAUAACCAAUUAUUACAUUGAAACUACUGGUCAAACGAGGCCUGUAAAGCAGACAGACAUCCCAUGGCGAUUGAAGCAGAUGCUGGAUAUCUUAGUUUACGAAGAGGGCCAACAGGGGCACGAGGAGAUGGGCCCUUGUAUGGAGUACCUCCUACAGCACAAACUGCUGGAGACCCUCUGCACCCUAGGCAAAGCACAGUACCCCCCAGGAAUGAACCAGCAGGUCCUGGUGUUCUUCUCCAAGAUCCUGGUACAAAUCCAAAAGCCAAUGCUUCACAUCCUCAAUGUGUAUAGGCCAGUCCAGAAGCUGGUUCGUCUGUGUGGUCUUCUGGGAUCGCAGACUGAGAAAGAGGAGGCCCAGUUUAUGUUUGUUGUUUGCUCCAGGGUGAAACAAGAUCCAUAUGUUCUCAACUACAUUUUAGAGAUUAAAAAGGAUAAUCACUCCAAGAGGUCUAUUUCUACCUCUGAGGAUACAGAAAAGGGGAGAAGUGGAGAGACUGUGCCUUCCAAUUACCCCACAGCUUCCAACCCUGCCUCCACCUCCAGUCCUCAACAGCACUCACCCACUGACUCUCCCUCCACUAUUUUCCCAGCCAAUGCAGGCCUCAUCCAUGUCUUGGUCCACUUGAGCAGAAGCCAGAAAAGCAGAGUUGCACUGAAAGCCUUUGAGAGCUUGCUGCUCCUUGUCAGCAUACCAAAGGAAGAUACUGCAGUGUGCCUGGCUGAAAGCACCCCACUGUGUCAGCUACUAGCUGAGAGGUUGUGUGAGCUCUUCAGCCAGCUCCCGGCUACGCUGGAACCUGCAGACAUCCACAGUUUCCCCCAGACCCACUGGAAUGUUCCAUUCUCUCAGAGCGGUAUGCAGGAAAGGCAGUCGUUUCCUGGUAGUGAGCACAUGGAGAGGUUUUUCGCUUGGCUGGACUUCCUUGACCAUCUGAUGAGGGAGGCACCAAAGCGCCUCGCUGUGAAAUUGGCCAAAGAAAUUCACCAUUGCUGGCUUGUCGGUGUUCUACAGCAUGAGCUGCUCCAAAUGUCCGAGAUGGGCGUGCUGGUGAACACGGCGCUGCUGUGCUGCUCGGUGCGUCACAUCCAAUCCCCUGCCAUGUUGGAAGAGCUGGUCUCGUUCCUCCUAGGCAGACACACAGAGAGGGAGCAGCGCUUGGACACAGAGAGUCAUGUGCUGCGUUAUCAACUUAUAGAGCACUGUGACCACAUCUCCGAUGAGAUCAGUAUCACUACUCUGCUCCUGUUUGAAGAGCUCCUACAGAAGCCUCACAGGGACAUCCUCUUCAACCUGGUCCUGAGGAACCUGGAGAACCGCUGCUACGUGACACGCACUCUGGGGGGAGGGGAUGAUUGCAGGCAUUUCACUGACACCGAUCCCGUGGAGGAGAACGGAGAACUAGAGGAGGACCCUUUCUUUACAGACAUGUAUGGUGAGGAUGAAUUCAACAGCUCAGAGCAGCUUCUGCAUCGACCCCAGCUCAUGAGAGAACAUCGCUGCAGUGGACAAACUCAAGCAUUGGACAUUGUAAACAGUUUUCUGUGUUUGGUCCCUCAAGAAGCAAAAACCUCUCAACAUGUCCAAGGUGCCCGAUAUGAAACUUAUGUCCAUGACGCUCAUGGGCAGCUUAAAGAGUGCACUGCAUUCUUGCUCGAUUGGGAUUGGCCGAAGUCCCUCAAACCAACCGAGUUGUCUGUAUCCAGUUCUGACUUCUUCGAAGGCCACUUCCUCAAAGUCCUGUUUGACAGAAUAGGCCGGAUCCUUGAGCAGCCCUAUGAGCUGAACCUCCAGGUGACAUCGGUGUUGUCCAGGCUGGCUGUGUUCCCUCACCCGCACCUCCAUGAGUACCUGCUAGACCCCUACAUCAUCCUGGCCCCUGGAGUCCGCUCCCUGUUCUCUGUGCUCAUCAGGGUGAUAGGAGAACUGAUGCAGAGGAUCGAGGUGAUCCCAAACUUCACAGAGAAGCUUGUGCAUGUCCGAAGGCAGCUGAUGGGCCUGGAUGGGGAGUCUGGAGUGGAUCACAUGCCCCUGCUUAAGGGAGUGAUCAUCCUGGAGGAGUUUUGUAAGGAGCUGGCAGCCAUUGCCUUUGUCAAACUUCCCGCCAACAACACAAACUUGCAGAACACUGACACCGUGUGAAUCCUUGAACGGAACUCUCAGUCAGAAGACACCGGUCAUAGCUGCUUACUUCUGUUGGUUGCACGACAGGAGGUACAAGGACACUAAUUGUUCUCCAAAGAUGAAGCAUUGGUACUUGCGAGAAUAGCAAAUCUGUAAGAUUCAUCAACAUUUUUAAGUUUAUUGUAAAUGCUGAAAUGUUUUGCUUGUUACAUAAUGACUAUGCAAAUUAUCACCUGGAAGUAAUGUAUGCAGUCGGUCAAAUCAAUGUAAAAGGUUGCGUUCCAUCUUGUCUUUGUAACAGUUGCGUAGGCUAUCCCUGGUUCCUGAGAUAUUAGAAUGAUGAUUGAGCCGGUAUUCAUGUAGGAUCAUGUUCAUUAUGGUCUAAAAGGGAAAACUGAUCCUGGAUCAGCACUUUUAAUGAAGUUUGAUACAUGAUCAUCUGGGCUGUGAGACUGGUUGGAACAACCUAAAACUGUGCAUUAUCCAGUUUAACUAUUGAUACUUUCUGUUUACAUGGCAGGAUGAGUCUGUCCUGGAGGCAGAACUGAGUGGUUUUUGCGAGAUGGGCCAGGUACAAUCUAUUAAAACAUUUGCUUUUUGGUAUUAAUUUAAGGUUAGGCUUUUAAAGAUUUGUGGCUGUGCUAGCUAGCGACCACUCUAUGGAGUUGCUUCCAGAACAAGAUUCAUGACAAAACGCUUACCUUUUCUCACAUUUUAUUUCUGUGUUGAAGUGAUGUCUGGUGUCCUAUGUGGACCAGGGUCUUUAUACACAUGGGUCUUAAUACAUUGUUUUAAACAUCA